AUGUCUCUCCACUUUUACGUCAAUAAAAAAGUUCUUAUCCUCACAGUUGACGGCCGCACACUCAUCGGCGAUCUUCUGUCAACCGACCAGACGACCAAUCUUGUACUCGCCAAUACCGUUGAACGCAUCAUCCGCACCCCAGAUGACGACGAGCCCUCUACCGAAAUUGAGCAUGGGCUGUACCUGAUCCGCGGUGACAAUGUCGUGGUGUGCGGUGAAAUAGACGAAAAAAUGGACGGAGACAUUGACUGGUCCAAGGUGAAAGGAGAGGUAAUCCGAGACACGAAGAAUGCAUGA